GAUGAAGAUUUCCCUAAAAGUUUGAUCGUAACAGGCAUUCCAAGUGUUGUUUAUGAAAGUCAAAAUGUCAAGAACGAAUUUGAAAGUUUGUUCACAAGUUUAUCUUCAUCGACGACGUUUGAAUACUUGAAAUCUUUCAGUCGAGCUCGCGUCACCGUCGACAACAUUUCAACGGCCACUUCCCUCCGUAUAUAUCUGCAUGGCAGGCAGUUUCAUGGAUCCACACUCAACUGUUUCUUUGCACAGCCAAGCGAGAUGACCUCAUCCACUACUCACCUUGAACUUCCGAAGCCUUACAAGCAGUUCCUCAUCUCUCCUCCGUCAUCACCCCCAUUGGGCUGGGAGCACUGCUUGGAGAAGGAGCCAACCAUCAACUAUGAUCUUAUUUCGGCCAUCAAUAACCUCGCCCCUGGGGCCAGCCACGAACUGCACCCUCCGUCACCCACGUCUCCAGGUAUUGUGGUUCACAUCUGUGAGGACCCUGAAGGGUUCAAAGGUCAAAAAAUCGCCAAGAGCAAAUGUCCA